UUUUUUUUUUUUUAAAUCCCGAAAAUUAGAGUCGUGAUUAUAUGAGUGUGAUUUGUUUUUAUUUAUUUCUUAAUUUUAAUUAAAUACAAUAAUUCGGUGACGGAGAUUUUGGGGAGAGGAUUUCUCGAUGGGAAAAGGAGGCGGAUGUGUUCCGAGCAAGAAGAAGAAGCCGUCGUCACUCGCCACCACCGGCGAUGGUCCCGGAAUCGAUGAUAACGACGCUACUAACAAUGCUCCGAUCCAAAUUGAGGAUGAUCAAACCACCGUUGACGGAACAGCCACGAAUACUGCUGGAACAACAACUCCAGCGAUUACUACGGCCUCUGCUAAGAUCUCGUCACCGCUCAAGAUCUUCGUCGUGUUCUAUUCGAUGUACGGACACGUCGAGAGUUUAGCGAAGAGGAUGAAGAAGGGAGUGGAUAGCGUUGAAGGAGUGGAGGCGACGCUCUACAGAGUUCCGGAGACGCUUUCUCAGGAAGUUGUUGAUCAGAUGAAGGCGCCGGUUAAGGAUUUUGAGAUUCCGGAGAUUACGGCGGCGGAAUUGGCGGCGGCUGAUGGUUUUUUGUUUGGAUUCCCGACUAGGUAUGGUUGUAUGGCUGCGCAGAUGAAGGCGUUCUUUGAUUCGACGGGAUCGCUGUGGAAGGAGCAGAGUCUCGCUGGUAAGCCUGCUGGAUUCUUUGUGAGUACUGGGACUCAAGGAGGUGGCCAAGAGACUACUGCUUGGACAGCAAUCACACAGCUCGUACACCACGGAAUGCUAUUUGUACCCAUAGGCUACACAUUUGGAGCUGGAAUGUUCAAGAUGGAUUCUAUCCGUGGAGGCUCUCCAUAUGGAGCCGGUGUGUUUGCUGGUGAUGGGUCGAGAGAAGCAACAGAAACAGAACUCGCUCUUGCUGAACAUCAAGGAAACUACAUGGCUGCAAUAGUCAAGAGACUUGCUCAACCUUGAAAGAAAAACAAAAAUGGCUUUUUUCUUUUUUUCUCUUUUCUUUAUUCAAUCCCUCCUCCCACUAAAUAAUCAUAUAAAAAUGUCUUCUUUUCGAUUCCAUUGAAAUUUCUUUCUCUUAUGAGUGUUUUUUUUUUUCGGUUUCUGCCAUUUUCGAAGAACCUUGCAUCAUCAUCGUAGGGUUCUUACGCUAAUGGUUGUGUGUACAUGUUUUUCUUAAUUAUUGUUCUCGAGUUCUUCAUUGUUCUCCAUAAAUAAAUAUUUUUGUGAUA